ACAACAACUCUUCAACAACUGAACAAUAAACAUUUCAUAUUUAUAUUUUGUAGAACUUGGCUUCAUUCUAGAAAGACAAAAAUUAAACAAGUUGAGUACAACUCAAGUGAUUUUAUAAUCGUAACGUUUCUUAAACAUGGCCAGUUAAUGUCUGCAAGCUCUCCUCCUCCUCUCCUCUUCCUGUCUUUCUCACACACAGAGACCUCAGACUUACGUUUGUAUAACUCUUAACAACUAUCAAAUUUUGUCACUUUCCUCCAAGAAAUGAGUGAGAGAACUUUUGUAGUGAUAUUCUUCUUCUGGGCUGUCCUCACAAUCGUCACCCCUACGCUUAUUCUUCUGUCAGAGUCUUCAAAACCUGAAUUGUAUUCCAAUGUUGAUAAAAGCAGAGCACUGUUGAAUGCCAGGAGAAUAAUGAUGGGAUAUGCAGAGAAGCAACCGAGAAUAAAACUUAUACCUUCAGCACCAAUGGAGGCACCGGCACCAGCUGCAGUACCAGAACUGGUUUUGGGGACUAGAUGGUCUACUUUGAAAAGAAUUUUUAAGAAGAAAUGAGACUUGUGAUUGCUCAAAGGUACAUAAUAUUUGGGGCUGCAUAUCUCAGCUAUGCAGUUUUCCUUUUUCAGAUUCUGUCGUGAUUUAAACGGCCCUUUUGAUAUAGUCCGGCCGUCAAUGGAAUUGGAAGACAGAGCUGUAGAUGUAUAUUUAUAAUUAUAUAUACCAGUGAUAUAUAAAAGACAAUCUCAUCAGAAA